CCGCCGCGGGCGCUUCCGGUUCCGGUAGCCGCUGGCCGUGUGUAUCCCAGGCGCCUGCCAUGGCGGGGAGCCGGUUGCAGACGGUGGGGAGCGUUUUCUCGCGGACUCGGGACCUGCUUCGGGCUGGGGUGUUGAAGGAGAAGCCCCUCUGGUUUGACAUAUAUAACGCUUUUCCUCCACUGAGAGAGCCGGUCUUCCGAAGGCCCCGCCUGAGAUAUGGCAAAGCCAAAGCUGCCAUCCAGGACAUCUUGUACCCCGAGGAUCGGAUUAGAGCGAAAUUUUAUUCGGCCUAUGGAUCUGGUCAGAAAGCUUUUGAUCUGUUCAAUCCAAACUUCAAGUCUACCUGUCAACAGUUUGUGGAGAAGUACAUUGAGCUACAGAAGCUUGGAGAAACAGACGAAGAGAAAUUGUUUGUGGAAACAGGAAAGGCUUUAUUGGCAGAAGGUGUCAUUUUAAGACGAGUAGGAGAAGCAAGGACUCAAAAGGCAGGUAGUCACGUUUCCUGGGAAUCUGAAUCUUCGGAUGUGAAAUCCCAAACAGUGUUGGAAAACAACAAGCCUCUGCCGGAAGCUCUACAGGGCCAGCAUAUGGAGCCGUCGGAGGAACAGUCGAAAGGUCUCUCACCUCCCUGACGAAUGUGUAUACUGACAUCCAAACUGUAUUCACUGGAUGAAUGUUGAACUGUUUUUAACAGUGGAACUGUGUAAAUGUUUCUUGAUCUCUAAGGCAUUAUGUUUGCCUUCAUUCAGUUCCUAUUUCUAGGUUGUCAUAAAACUCAGUUUCAUGGUUUGAAUGAACUUUUAUGUUAGGAUGGUAUUAAAUAAAGAAUUCCCUGGCUGCUUAUAAAGUAAAUUUACUUUAAAAUUGUAAAUAGCAUAAGGAAACUUUUGUAAGUAUUGUUUGAAUGAGACUCGUUCUGAGUAGGUUUGCUUGGAUUUCUGUGUUAACGUGUGGGUUGGCUCUAUUUGAUCCUGUGGUGUCUUUUUUCCAUCAGGCUUUUACUUGUGCAUGUGGUAUGUUCCCUGGGCCAACUGUUUCUGUCUGCAGAUAAUCUUUACAUUUUGCUCUAGAACUAUCUUGAUCUUCAACUUGAGAGGCUAAGCUGACAUGUGCUUUGUAGUAAGAGUGAGAAUCUGUCACUGACGAUGGACAAAGGUCAGAACCAUAACUUUAAUUUCAUAGAUUGAGUGUGCUGGAGACAGUUAGCAUAGGCCUGAACAUAGUAGUCUGCUCAGUAGAGAUUUGAGUGAAUAAGCGAUUACAUCCAGCUAAAGACUGAACUCAGAGGACCUCUCUGUAGAUACCUGGAUUGCCAAGAGGGGGCCAGCUAAUUUAGAUGCUGUUGUCCACCAGUGUUCACCUGCCUCCCUGGUGGUGUGAUGUGCUUACAUGACCUUGUCAACUGUUCUGCUUUCUUCAUUUUCAUAUCUUUUACCGAACAUGUGAAAUAUUCCUUUCAGUUUGUAGCCCUUUUAUUUGUGAUCAGGCCAGUGGUUUUCAGCUACUAGUAAUAAGCUGCUUCAUAACUUGUUUAUUUUAUGUUAUUUUAUUUAUUGUUUUUUAAUGUUUAUUUUAGAGAGCGACAGACAGCAUGAGUGUGGGAGGGGCAGAGAGAGGGAGACACAGAAUCCAAAGCAGGCUCCAGGGUCUGAGCUGUCAGCACAGAACCCGACACAGGGCUCGAACCCACUGACUGGGAGCAGUUUUCAGCCACGCUGCAUCCUCCUGCCACCUUUAUCACUGUUUGGCAAUUCCUCUUGUUUGGGAAUGCUUUACUUUUAUUUUAUUUACUUGUUUAUUUUUUAAGUGUAUUUAUUUUGAGGGGUGGGAGGGGCAGAGGGAGGGGCAGAGAGAGAAUCCCAAGCAGGUUUCACUUUGCCAGUGCAAAGCCUGACACGGGGCUUGAUCCCACAAACCGGGAGAUUUUGACCUGAGCUGAAAUCCAGAGUCAGAUGCCUGACUGACGGAGCCACCCAGGCGCCCUGGGGAUGCUUUACUUUUAGAUGGGAAAGUAAAUCUCAUCCAUUCAACAACCGUAGACAACCAGUGAGUGCCAGGCCUUGGGAGGAGGGCUUAAGCAGGUGGAAAAGAUGAUCGUGCUCUCAGAGGAACAGUUGGAGAGUCACUCAUUAUUUUUCUAAACCUUAGGUUUCUGGGGUUUAAAAGGCAGUUUCUUUGCCAUAGUGAUGAAAACAUUUUUAGAAAGUUGUUGCAUUUUUUUUUUUUUUCUAUUUUAGAGAGAGAGAGUGAGCCGAGGAGAGGGGGCAGGGAGUGGGGGAGAGAGAAUCUUAAGCAGGCUCCACACCUAGGGUGGAGCCUGACAUGGGGCUUGAUCCCACACUCCCUGGGAUCAUGACAGGAGCUGAAACCAAGAGUUGGACGCUCAACUGACUGAGCCACCCAGGAGCCCCUUCACGUACUUUUUUAAAAAAACUAUACAUGCACAUGGUUCAAGAUUUAAAGGUAAAAAGCUGGUCUCCUUUCCAAAACCUGUUCCCAGCCACCUAUUUGCUCCCUCAAGGCCACCAUCAUCACCAUUCCCUGUUCAGAAAUAUUUUGGGCAUAUGCAUGGCGACACUAUGCUUGCCAUCCUGCACCUCAUUUUCUCCCAUCCUCUGUAUGGAUGCACAGUGAUUUAGUGAGUGCCAAGGUGAACAAAAGUGGCUGUGUGUUUUCUUGUGCUGUAAACAGGCCAGUGUUGCUGUGGGUGCAUUCUUAGCAGUGGUACUGCUGGACUCGAGAAUAGCUCGUCUUUACUUCUGAUACUGCCCUGCAUGGAAACUGCUCAGUUCUGCUCCUGCCAGCAAUAUAGGGGGAUGCCUGUAUCCCCACGUCCUCACCAGUACAUUCCAGUCUUGUUAAAUCAGGCAAGGAUUCUUCCGUGAGGACACCCUAAGCCUGAUAGAAGCACUCAAAUGAAAAGGUUGCUAGGGGAAGGCAAAGGAGGCGGCAAAGGUGAGUGCUACCUCUUCUCCAAGAUGUCGCCAGCAUUGACCUCUCCGGCCAGACGUAUCACAGGAAGAGGACUUUUGCUGAAUGGUAGCUGACAAUGAAAUUACGUUUUGGAUAUAGUUUUAGUCUCGAUUGAUGCUUUUCUUGGACUGGAAGUUAAAUGUCAGUCACCUGACCUUCUAGUUGUUCCGUUCUUUUAAUUAAAAGAUGGUUCUAAGCAA